AUGGGGGCUCAGGACAUGAAGAACCCCCUCAUGGCCCUCAACGACAAGAAAGGUCAGCUCAGAGGAGCCGAGGGCAGGCCAGCCCCUUGGCCCAGGGAGAUCAAAGCCACCGGGGUGAGAUGGGUCACUGGUCGUGACCCCUCAGACAGCACUGACUUUAGCGCCUGCGCGCAGUACCGGGAGGGGGCCAUGCUCCUGGGCAGCAGGCGCAGAAGCAUAGGGGCGGGACGCCUCACCUGGCACAGGGACCCCUCCUCAGCUGGCUCUGUAGGGAGCUCGGGGUUUCUGCGCUGGGAGGUCAGGGCCCAGGACCGAGGAGGCGGAAGCCCUGAGGCCGCAGCGGCUGCAGGCCGGGUCAGGUGUGAAGAUGACGUGCAGCCAGUCGGCGUUUUUCCUGGUGGCAGACUAGCAGGCCCCCCUCCUCCUCCGGGACUGCCCCCCGCGGCUCACAUGAACGGCUACAGCCACCUUGGCAAGAAAAAGCGCAUGCGCAGCUUUUUUUGGAAAACCAUCCCAGAGGAGCAAGUUCGGGGCAAAACCAACAUCUGGACGUUGGCGGCCAGGCAGCAGCAUCACUACCAGAUCGACACCAAGACCAUCGAGGAGCUGUUCGGGCAGCAGGAGGACACGGGCAGGGCGACCCUUUGUAGGAGAGGGGGCCCUUUCAACUCCUCGCUCAGGGACGCUCGUGAAGAGAUUACUCUCUUGGAUGCAAAGCGGAGCAUGAACAUCGGGAUCUUUCUGAAGCAGUUUAAGAAGUCCCCCCAGUGCAUCGUGGAUGACAUCCAUCAAGGCCGCAGCGAGCACUAUGGGUCGGAGACGCUGCGGGAGUUCCUGAAGCUCCUGCCGGAGUCGGAAGAGGUCAAGAAGUUAAAGGCAUUCAGCGGUGACGUGUCCAAACUGUCCCUGGCGGACUCCUUCCUGCACUGUCUGAUUCAGGUGCCCAACUAUCCACUUCGGAUCGAAGCCAUGGUGCUAAAGAAGGAAUUUUUACCUUCUUGUUCUUCUCUGUACACAGAUAUAACCAUUUUAAGAACGGCUACAAAAGAGCUGAUGACCUGCGAGGAGCUCCACUCCAUCCUGCACCUGGUGCUGCAGGCCGGCAACAUCAUGAACGCCGGAGGGUAUGCUGGCAAUGCGGUGGGAUUUAAACUGUCUUCUUUGCUCAAAUUGGCAGACACAAAAGCCAACAAGCCAGGGAUGAACCUCCUGCAUUUUGUUGCACAGGAAGCCCAAAAGAAAGAUGCCGUUCUUCUAAACUUUUCAGAAAAACUGCAGCAUGUCCAGGAGGCUGCUAGGCAGUACCAGAAUCGUAGGGACCUUGGGAACCGACUGGUCCAGAACGACCUCGAGGAAGUGUGGGGCCUGGGGUGGUUUGUGCAGGACCCUCACUGCCAGCCCUGCAGGCCCUCGGCGCCUCCUGGGGAGCUGAGAGCAGCGUCACCGCUGGGCUCCUUCCAGACCUCCUCAGUCGCUCGGGCAGGGCCGGAGAAGCGGGACUCACACCCCGGGAGUGCACCUUCCGGGCACAGCCGGGCCACCUGUGCUGAGCACGGGCUGUUGUGUCCGCAGUUCGCCGUGGACAAACUGGCGGAGCUGGAGCGCUGGGAGGAGCAGCUGCAGGACGAGGCCCACACCCUGAUAGAUUUUUUCUGUGAAGACAAAGAAACCAUGAAGUUGGACGAGUGCCUGCAGAUAUUCCGAGACUUCUGCACCAGGUUCAACAAAGCGGUGAAGGACAACCGGGACCGGGAGCUGCAGGAGCUGAGGCAGCUGCAGCGGCUGAAGGAGCUGGAACAGAAGCGGCGCUCCUGGGCGGCGGGGGAGCUGGGGGGCUUCGGCCGCAGUAGCAGCGAGAAUGACGUGGAGCAGCUGACCAAGAAGGGCGCUGAGGACCUGUCCCCUUUCCUGCGCCCCAGGCCCACCAGCCCUUCCUACCUGCCCCCCAACACCCGCCGCUCCCGCCUCUCCCUGGGCACCUCGGCCGACCGGGAGCUGCUGACCUUCCUGGAGAGCGCCACGGGCAGCCCCGAGGAGCCCCACAAGUUCAACAGCUUGCCGCGGAGCAGCCCCCGGCAGGCGCGGCCCACGGUGGCCUGGAUGGAGCCUGCAGGACCCAGGGACCACGACUCCGGCUUUGCAUGCAGGCCUCAGGCCUCGGACCGCCAGGACUCACCUCCGGCCUGGCCCUGCCAGCUUCCCACCCCGCGGCCAGAGGAGCCCGGCUCGACCUCCCCUCGAGCUGGGCGCGGUGGGGUCAGCGUCCUGCGGAAGAGGAACAGUGAACCUGUGGGCCUGGGUCCCGCCCGGUCCCCUCCACUGUCGCCGCUGGUCCUGGGCAUUAAGGAGCAUGAGCUGGUGACAGGGCUGGCCCAGUUCGACUUGAAGGGUUCCAGGGGCCGGGAAGAGCCAUCCCCGCUGACCCUGAGUGACUUCAGCCCAAUGGAGCUGGAGUCUUCAGGGGACGGGAGCCCACAGCCCCUCAGUGCCGGGCACUGCAGCCUGUCCUCGGGCAGGGGUGGCCAGGGACGUCUCAGCCCAGCCCUGGAGCCUGACAGGGCGGCCCCUGACGCGCCCAGCAGCGCCGCCCUGGUGUCCGCGGGGAGCAGCGACCCCGAGAACAAGGAGCCCGGGCCCAUGUUCUGCAUCUCGGACGCCACCGACUGCUCGCUGACCCUGGACUGCUCGGAGGGGACCGACUCCAGACCCGGCGCGGGGGCGCCCGAGGCGGGCGGGGAAGGGGACGGCUCGGUGUCCUCCGGGGCAGGGGAGGCGGGGGGCAGCCAGCUGUCCUCCAACCCCGCGUCCAGCCCCCCAGGGGAGGCGCCGGCCCCGCUCCCCGAGAAGAGCGAGCCCAGCUGCAAGGGGGGGCCCCCUGGGGACAGGCCGGCCAGAGGGAAGGACGCGGUGGCAGCGAGGAGGAGCUCGUUCAGGGAGGCGGCGGGGCCGCGGCCGGGGGCCCGGGGCUCCCCCAAGAAGCCCAGCGCCAAGCCGCUCAGGAACAUCCCCAGGCAGAAGCCGGAGGACAUUAAGUUCUGCCGCUCCAACUCCGAGGAGGAGCCCAAGCCGCCCGCGCCCAGCCCGCCCCGCGGCCCGCCGCAGGUGCCCAGCUUCGCCCGCAACACGGUGGCCUCCUCCUCCCGGUGCACGAGGACCGAGGGCCCCGCUGCGGCCAGGGUCCCCGGCAUCACGCGGACAGCCUCGCAGCGACAGCUGAAGGCCCGGGCUGGCCCCGAGGACGCCGCGCCCAAGGACAGCGGCACCCUGAGGCGGGCCAGCAGCGCGCGGGUCCCCAGGAAGGGCCUGGAGACUGCUGAGGGCACCCCGGAAGGCCCCGUGAAAGCCCGGGGGGCUGCGGAAAGGGCCUCCCUCAGACUGAAGGACUCCAAUCGGACCGCGCUGGGGAAAAUCCUCAAUCCGCUAUGGAAGUGAUGGGGGCCUGGCCGCCCUUGCCCCGGGGGUGCAGGGGUGAGGCCAAGAGGCGACGAUGAGUGGCGUUGUUACACCCGCAGUCCACCCGUGCCACCUGCUAACGACCCUGUCCCCGAAGGUACGAGUGCGUGACCCUGGACUGCGGCCCGCCGGGCUGGCCCUGCUGUGAGGUCCCGCCCCCGCCCCCCAGAACCCAGGUCCUGCAGAGAACUGGGACAUGUAAGAUGAUCUUAUACACCAAGUAAAGACAAUUUUUUUC